GUCUUAUCCGGACUACCUGAGUCUCAUAUAUAUAUAUAGCUUCUCACCACUCUAGCUCCAAGUUGUGUGUACCAACUUCAUUAUCGUUGAAAUCAACCCAUCAGCAAAGCUCUCCAUCUCUCUCGAAUGCUUCGCAAACCAUAGUUGUUGAUUUUAUCACAAAGUCAUGGAUUCAAUUUCAAAACGCCAAAAUUUUAGCCAGAAAGUGAAAAUCAAGGAAAGUGGAGUAGACAGGAUUAGCAACUUACCAAGCAGUGUUAUGGGUCAUAUCCUCUCCUUUCUUCCAACAAAAUAUGCUGUGGCCACUAGUGUUUUAUCAACCAAAUGGAAGUAUCUUUGGACAUCACUAACUACUUUAGACCAUGAUGAUGAGUUGCUAUUGGUAUCUUUCGGUCCUCGGAAUAGCACCAAACAAAAAAUUCAGGAAAUGAGCUUUAUAAAAUUUGUCUACAGAGUUUUUAUGCUCAAUGUAUCAGAUUUGAGGGAUCUCCAUCUGAAAUGUAGUCGGAUUGAUGAUGUUUCACAUCUUAAUGCAUGGAUUUCAGCUGCAGUGGCACGAAAUGUUCGGGAAAUAUAUAUUAGUCUCCCUGUGAAGGAGUAUAAUGCGACUCGUGACCUCUUUACCUGUAAAAGUCUGGUGGUAUUUACACUAUGUGGGAAAUUUGUUCUAAAUGUUCCUACUUCAGUUUGUUUACAGAACCUUAAAAUCCUACGCCUUGUACUCGUUACAUUUUCGGAUGACUCAAUUAAUAGGCUCUUCCCUAGCUGUCCUAUGCUUCAACAUUUCUCUAUGAUAGCCUGUGUUUGGGUUAACGUUGGGGUUUUUAACAUUUUUGCUCCUUCUCUCAAGAGUUUGAGUAUAAGGGGAAUAUCUUGUCAUGACAAUACAUUUUCUUGGAAGCAUAAGAUUGUGCUUAAUGCCCCAAAUCUUCAACUCCUUGAUUACAAUGACUAUGUAACAGAAGGCUAUUCAAUGAACAACUUAAAUGCUCUUGUCCAGGCGAAAAUUGUAUUAUUCGGUACCUCUGUUCGUGAUAAUUCUGUAAAAGAACUUGUUGAAGGAAUAUCUAAAGUUCAGCGGCUUCAUUUAUCCUGUUUUUCCAUGGAGCUUGGUCGUUUUGAUCGAUGGGAAUUGCUACUGAGGUUGCUUGAAAGCUCACCACAACUGGAAACUCUUGUUUUUGAGGGAUGUUUACCCUAUAAGCACAACGGAGACAGCGAUCAUUGAGAUCCACCUCAGCAUGUGCCUUCUUGUUUGUUGUUUCAUCUCAAGGAAUUGAAAUUAAAUAUUUUGAUGGAUUUGAAAAAGAGCUGAAAACAGCAGAGUAUUUUUUAAAGAAUGGUAAAGUUUUGAAGAAAUUGAUUAUUCAUAUUUCUAUGAAUCCAAAAGAGUGGUUCAAAGU